UUUGGGGUCCCCGGCCGCUCUCUGCCCGUCUCCCCCGUUACCGCCUGGCUUUGUCGCCGCUUUAAGGCAUUCCCGCUCUCGGCGGAACCGCCCCUUCCUCUCGGUGGCGAAAGGGGUGACACAGCCGGAGGUUGGGCCAACGUUGACUCCUCCCGCCCGCGGGGAUCCUUCAGGGCCUCCUCGGCCUCCCGGGCUCCGGUAGCUGCCGGGUCUGUGAGCAGUUCCGCGGCCGCGCUCGCUCUGCCACGGGCGCCUCCACCUCCUCCAUGCCGGUCAGCCUCGGCUUCCUGGCGCAGCGCCCGCCCGGGUGGCUCGGGGUCGCCGCGCUGGGACUGGCCGCCGUGGUGCUGGGGGCUGUCGCCUGGCGCCGCGCAGGGCCCAGGCGGCGCCGGCGGCUGCAGCAGGUGGGCACCGUGGCGAAGCUCUGGAUCUACCCGGUGAAGUCCUGCAAGGGGGUGGCGGUGAGCGAGGCGGAGUGCACGGCCCUGGGGCUGCGCAGCGGCGACCUGCGGGACAGGUUUUGGCUGGUGAUUAAGGAAGAUGGGCACAUGGUCACUGCCCGGCAGGAGCCUCGCCUCGUGCUGGUCUCCAUCACUUACGAGAACAACCGCCUGAUCUUCAGGGCUCCGGACGUGGACCAGCUGGUUUUGCCUACCAAGCAGCCUUCCUCAAACAAACUCUACGACUGCAGAAUAUUUGGCCUUGACAUUAAAGGCAGAGACUGUGGCAAUGAGGCAGCUCAGUGGUUCACCAACUUCUUGAAAACAGAAGCGUACAGAUUGGUUCAAUUUGAGACAAACAUGAAGGGAAGAACAUCAAAAAAACUUCUAGCUCCUAUUAAUUGGAAUUACCAGGUGGCUUACCCAGACUACAGUCCCCUCCUGGUCAUGACGGAUGCCUCGCUGGUAGAUUUGAAUACCAGGAUGGAGAAAAAAGUAAAAAUGGAGAAUUUCAGGCCAAAUAUCGUGGUGACGGGCUGCGAUGCUUUUGAAGAGGAUACCUGGGAUGAGCUCCUAAUUGGUAGUGUAGAAGUGAAAAGGGUAAUGGCGUGCUCCAGGUGUAUUUUGACUACGGUGGACCCAGACAGUGGAAUCAUAGACAGGAAAGAGCCACUGGACACCCUGAAGAGGUUUCAGCAACCAGGAGGGAUCGACUGGGACCUUAACAACAGUGGCAACAGUACAUCAGCAAAUCCUUAUUAUCCAGCCUUCAACUAUCUUUACCCUGGAGAGGAAUCUUGAUUUUUUGACUUUUCACAGUUGUGUAUGCUCCAGGUUAAUGCAAGGAAAGGAUUAGAGGUGGGAAUAUGAAGGUAUAUAUGUAAGUUUUAGGUACUGAAGCCUUCAAAAAUAGUUAAUAUCAUCAAAAAACUAUUUUGGGUGUUAUCAUGGCUAUUAUGCUUUUUUACUUCCUGACUUUAAUAUUGAUGAGUAAAGCAAGUUUAAUGAAUCAACUAAAAAGCUGCAGAAAUAUUUUUUAAAUGUAUAUCUCUUAUUACCUGUCAGUCUAUGUUUUAGGAGAAAUGGGAAGCAACAGAUCACUGUGUCUGGAUGAGGAGGACACAUGUUACCACACUCACAAAUGCCUCAUGUUGGUCUUUACACGGCUAUGGAGUCCCAUUGACUUUUCACUCACGUGCCUUUUACUCUAGCAUGGAAUCAGGGCUGUGCUUGACUAUGGAAAUUGUCUUACAGACUUUGCUUUACACUCUUGUCUAUCACACCUUUAUCAAGCCGUAUAAAAGUAACGUGUAUGAAAUUGCCAGAUAUACCACCUGAAUUCCAAGUAAGAUAAAGGAGAGGAUGACAUUGAAAAGAGAAUGGAAUUCUGAAAGGAGGAGUGGGAGGAAGGCAGCAUGAACAUAUUUUUUUCAGUGCAAAGAAUCUUUUUGUAACAAAGAAACAAAACUAUUUUGGUAUGACCUGAAGCAAAAAAUACUCACUGAAGUGGUCUAUAGAUGAAUUCAAAAAUAGUUAAUUUUUACUACUUACAAUUUUGUGGUUUCUUUGUAAAUAAUAAACGUGAAUUGCAAUCCUGCUUUA